CGUUACACUUGGUGGAAAACUCUGGUUUAAAUUAUUGUUGUUGUUCAUUCAGAUAAUAUAGAGUGGCGAGAAUUGCGCCUAUCAAAUAUAUAUUGGACAAACAACAAUACCUUGUACUAUAGUACCAGUAGUUAGAUACUACACACACAACCUCACAACUCCUCACAACAAUAGGUUUAUUGUCAUUUUGUAGAUAUUGUAUUCUUUAACCCAACACAACCGAUUGGAAAUUUUGUACCAUGUCGUCUUCUAAUUAUUUACAAAGGAGUCUUCAUCAUUAUAAUUCAUCUCCUUGUCUGACAAAUACUACACGGUUAUUGUCAUCCUAUGCGACUAAUAAUAAUUCUGUUGGACCAAAACAAAUUAUUACACCAAAACCUGUUAAAGCAUCACCGGCAUUCUGUAAACCUUCUAGCAAUUUGAAAACCAAUCCUCCAAAAUCCAACUUUUCAUCUCCUUCUCUUGAUACUUCUCCAACAUCGCCUGUUGAUGUUUUAGGAGGACAAUUUAAGAAUAUUGUUGAAAAUGGUUCUUCACCAAACAUCAUAUCUGGAACACCAGAAAGAUUAGCCAACGAAGAACUUCACAAAAUUCUUUUUUCUCAUCCUUUAUCAGCAUCAAGAGAUGAUUCACUUCCACAAUCUCCACAACCAGCUGAUAACAAGCAAGAAGAAAAGCCAUAUGAUCUUCCAAUUUCUCCAUUCUCCCCUUUUAUUUCCCACUCACCUUUUCCAACACGUACAUUUUCACCACCAACAAUUGAACUAGAUAUUAACGAGUCUUUACUCAUCGAUGAUGAGUUAAACUUUACUGAUGAUGUCAUCCUUGAGGACUCGUAUGAUGAACAAGACCAACCAAGAAGUGUACCAAGUACUUUUGGUUAUGACGAUGAAGAUUUUCACUCUUUACGAAACGAUCAACGAAAGAGAAGAAACUUUGUUACUCAGGAAGACAUUUCAUUCCUUAUUGAAUUGAGAACAAGACCUAAGGACAAUGGCCGUUUUCCAGAUGAAGUCGAAUACCAUAGAAGCUCCUGCCAUUCUAAAGUAGAGGAUGGAUAUUUUGGAGCUGAAAUGGGUCUUUUAAGUUUUUCUCCACCAACCUCCCGCAUUCUCAAUUACUAAGCUUUUGUAAUAGUACCUAGCCUACAUUCCCACCAGUUUCAUGUAUAUAUCCCCUUCUAAUUAUUUUUCGAAUUUGUAAAUAAUUUUAGUGUAGACUAGCUCAAUAUAAUUCACUAUUAAUUGGAUAUUGUUGAGGAACUUUAAAUAAACUUUUCAAUGU